GUUCUCUGUCAUAUAUACUUCAUCAAAUAAUUAUGUAGCAGGAACUUGUGGCAGGAACUUUGAAUAAGAGAAGGAACCCCAGACAGGAAUUUAUUAUUGUAUGGCUUAUUCCAAUUUCUUUAAUUAUACCUAGGCCUCUAGCCUGCUGUAGGCCAUUCAUCAAUAUGGGUAGUUUAACAUGGAUAACAUUGAAUCCAAGAUUGAAAGAAGGGAUAAAUUUAAUAAAUAAUUUGAAUAACACCAAAUUUGAGUUGCUUUUGACUCAUAUAUCGACUUCAGACACUGAUGAACUCUUUACAGAAAAUGAGUUAAAGAAGCUUCAAGAUACAUUAAAAUUGAACGAAAGUGAAUUACAGCUUCUUCUUCAGAGUAUAUCCUAUCUUUUUAAGCAGAGCAAUAAAGUAAUACUUAAGCCAACAGACCUACAAAAACAACUCAUAGAUAUCUUAGGUGUAGAAGAGCAAAAAUCAGAAAUAUUUAUUAAAGAAUGGACAAAUCAGACUAAUAAAGAUUUGGGUUCCUUUGAAAACAGAUAUGACGUUAAAAAUAUUUCAUGGCAGAUAAACUUACAAACUGCAUCCAAUUUUGGAAAUAGGCAAGCUAAACCAAAUGCUAGAAUACAGUUGGAUUUAUCAAAGGUUACUGAAAAUGAUAAAGAUGAAAAAGUUAUUUUAGAAAUGGGAGAAGAUGGUUUACAUCAGCUGUAUAAUACAUUAGAAACAAUACAGUUAAGACUGGAUAAUAUGUCUAAAAAUAAAAAUUAAUUUCUU